UAGAAAAGAGGAAAUGCAAUAUUACACGCGUCUACCCAAUUCCUGAGCAGCAACACAAUUCCACCGAAAUGGUCCUUCGUGUGAAUUCUUAACAAUUAGCUCAUAGCCUGAGAAUCUUUAGCCUUAAAGCAACCUUUGCUCCAAGCAAUUCUGUAAAUAAUUCCCUACAUCUCUCUCUCUCUCUCUUUAUCUUAUUACCGAACAACCCAAAUCCCAUGAUGUCUUUCUUCUCGAGGAUGGCAUGAGUUUUAGCUCUUUUAGAAAAUGGUUGUCACACAUGCCGACCUUGAACCAAGCCGUCGAAGCACCAAGCUGGGCAGCAAAACCGGGGCCUUCCUCGUAGUGUUGACCAUUCUCUGUGGCUUGCUUUGCUUCGUUCUUUGUCUCGUUGCAGAAGCUUCGCAUUCUGAGGUUGUUUGGAUGGGAACCGUUAACAGAGGAAAUAAAAGGAAAUAUGAAUGCAUAUAUAGUGGUAGUGGAAAAACACCAUUGUUGUGUGCUGCUGCUGCAUUUGUUGUACUAGCAAUUUCCAUGGUGGUGGUACAUGCGUACAUGUUGAUUGCAGUCACUAAAUCGCCACCUUCAACAUUGCUUGCUUGGGACCCUGACUCUGCUCCUCCCAAGUCUCUAACAUGGCUAGCUGGCUUUUUCUUUAUCUCAACUUGGAUCUGCUUUUCCAUUGCGGAGAUUUUGUUGUUGAUUGGAUUGAGCGUAGAGUCUGGGCAUCUUAAGAACUGGACUAGGCCAAGUCCUAGUUGCCUUGUCAUCCGAGAAGGGUUGUGCUCUGCUGCUGGAGUGCUUUCGUUAGCUACAGUCUUCCUCGCUGCUAGUCUAUACUUGACAGCAUUGCGUGCAGAAACAAUAUCUCAAGAGCUACAGAAUGUGCGGCGUGAAGUGCUCGAGACAUCGGUCCUCUAUGCAUCUCCGCCGAGAUCGCCUCAACAUCAGUUGACAACCAUGGCAAGGGAGAACCCCAUAACCACAGAGAACCAUAUUCAGCCACCAUUGUUGGUAUUUCCAUGGGCUUUUACUUUUAGCAAGCACUCAAAUUUAGUGUGAGGCAAGCAAAGAAUAGAUUGUGCCGGCCUCUAGCUAAGCUAAAGGCACAAGCUACACCUCGAUUCUAUGCAAGUAAUAUGGAGAUGAGAUGAGAAUAUAUAGUUAUUUUUGUAAAUGAACUUUUAUGAAAUUUUAAUGAGAUAAGAAUAUAUAGUUAUUUCUUA